ACACGGCGCUAAUCAGAGACGUCGGUAGGAGGCCGAGCCGAGUCGUUUGCUGAAAGGAGCAAACCCAAAACAAGGCUUGUACUUUUACCUUAUCGUUUACAAACAAGCGCCACUUUUAAACGGAAUUCACCUUUAAAGGCACCAGCUCAGCAUGGAAAACCAGAAGUGGUAGGGUCUUUGUGACUUGAGGUGUGGGAGCGAGUGUGCUCCCUGUUUCCCCCCCCGGUGCUCCCCUGCCCCCCGCCCUCCUGGACGGCCCCGAAAUGACCACAGGGGAGUGUUGCCACCUCCCAGGCUCCCUGUGUGACUGCACUGGCAACGCUGCCCUGUCCAAAACCGUGGAGGAGGCUGACAACCGCCGGGCCCAGUACGUCACCCAGGUCACGGCCAAGGAUGGACGUCUACUAUCUACUGUUAUCAAAGCCCUGGGCACCCAGAGCGAUCGGCCGAUUUGUCGGAUCUGCCACGAGGGUCAAGAUGUGUGCAACAGCGAGGGGCUUCUCUCCCCGUGCGACUGCACCGGCACGUUGGGCACGGUCCACAAGAGCUGCCUGGAGAAAUGGCUGUCCUCCUCUAACACCAGCUACUGUGAGCUGUGCCACACUGAGUUUACCAUUGAGCGCCGACCCCGACCCCUCACAGAGUGGCUCAGGGACCCGGGCCCCCGGAAUGAGAAGCGCACCCUCUUCUGUGACAUGGUGUGCUUCCUGUUUAUAACGCCCCUGGCGGCCAUCUCAGGCUGGCUGUGUCUACGGGGUGCACAGGACCACCUGCACUUCAACAGUCGCCUGGAGGCAGUCGGCCUCAUCGCUCUGACCAUCGCACUCUUUACCAUCUACGUCCUCUGGACACUGGUCUCAUUCCGCUACCACUGUCAGUUGUACUCGGAGUGGAGACGAACCAAUCAGAAAGUCCGCUUGCUCAUUCCUGACACCAAGGGUGCACACUCUACCCAGCAUUCCUUGCUUUCCACAAAGCUGCUGAAAAAGACAGCAGACGAGACCAUAGUAUGAGAGACGUGGUGCGGGGGAACGGGGCCCGAUCGCGGUGGUAUUAGCGUGCUACAGGUUCUUGACGCAGCGUCGUCAACUAGAGCCGCGGCAUUUUGGAUGCAUUCUUUUCUAUUUAAUCCUUUUUAUCUAAAUAUGUGAGCACUUCAUUUAUUUUAUUUUGUUUUUUUUUUCACCAGUCUCUUUUUUGAGCCUUUAUAUAAGUGUGUUGUUUUUAUUUAUUUGGGGCUUGAACAGCCAGGCUGAGGCCCCGUACUGUUCAGUAUGCAUUGUAUUUGAAACAAUCGGAAAUCUAACUUAUGUGUAUAGACGAUUCCUUUGAGCACAGCGGCGAGGGAUUAUGACUCAAGUACAUACGGCUGCUGAAGCUUAAAACCAAACCUUUCUUUCGUUUUCGAUGUAUCGUUUUUCUACUCAUCUACCUUCAAGUACUUUCCAUCUUAACCCGACGGAGUCGCGCCUAAGCGAACUUAGUCCUCGUGGCUCCUAUACGAUUUAGUCAAGAUAUAAAUGUAUAAAUAUUUACACACUAAGUGAACAAGUAAGCUCUAAGCUUCGAUCGACAUGGGUAUUACAGGGCCGUUUGCCCGGGCAAUGAAUGUGGAGGCUGAUGUAUAUCUGCGGAUGCUCAAGCUCAUCCGAGAAAGGAAGGCGGUUGGUGAAAAAACAAAAAAAAACGAGAGAGUGCAAUAACACGCCGCCAUUGGCAUGAUUCUGCCGUGAACACACGCAGGUUUUCAUGCAUGCCUAUUUCGCAAAUCUCAUCAAAUUGGUGACAUUUUGCGUACAGAUCAAAAGCUGUUUUUUCCAAACCGAAUGGUCUCCGAACAAUGUAAAACAGCAUGCGGUGGUUCAAAAGUCGUAGCACUUUCUGACAACGUAGCCUAGAUGUGAGCUGAACAAAUGUAGAUACUUGUACGCUUUCGGGAUGCAAAUAUGUGGCAACUUUCUAUGUUGUUGUUGAGUCGUGGUAAGUGCAGAUGCAAACAGACCUCUACAGUUCAUUGUUCUGAAUCAUUUUCGAAAUCAUUUUUUUUGGUGAGUGUUUGAAGACGAAUGUGUAUGUGUGUUUACAGUAUGCAUUUUGUAAGCUCUGGCUCUUUGUGCUGUUUAAUUGGCAUCAAAUGGCCAAGGUUGAGGAUGGCAUACUUGGGAUUUUGUAGCAGUUUACUUUGUGGAAGAUGCAGGUCAAGCCGCAGAGGAAGAAGUAAUUGUAAAGCUAAACAUCAUUGCCAAACCAGUAAUGAAACUGUCGUCCAUGAAUGACACUACAGUAUUUAAGCGAGUGUUUUUUUUUUAGCUGUGUGUCAUAUUGGUGCAAGAAGAAUCUGCAGAACACCAAUCAUUAGAUCUUAUCGUUCCCUACAUUGACGUACCAUCUGAAAAUGUGGGAACGGUUCUUUGGCAUAUGCAGUAUCGUAAUAGUUGCACAUUUGCCACUCAACGUGGACCUUUUGCGCCUUAUGCACUUGCUGUGGAAAAUCUAGCGAUUUGCGCAAACCUUUGGCGGUAAAGUUCAUUGAGGGAAUCAUUCACCUGACAAUGAAAAUGUUAUUUAAUCACCCUAAUGUCACUUCAAACUUGACUGCUGUUAUUUUAAUCAUAGAACAAUUUCAGAUUCAAUAAUGAUUGAUUUGCCACUCAAUAAGAUUUUCAGUGAAUUCCCACUUAAAGGGGUCAUUAAAAAAUGAAAAUUCUUCCAUUCUUCCAUCAUCUUCAGAACACAAAUUAAGAUAUUGUUCAUGAAAUCCAAGAGCUUUUUGACCCUGCUUAGACGGCAACGCAACUGACACAUUCAAGGCCCAGAAAGGUAGUAAGGACAUUGUUAAAAUAGUCCAUUAUGAAGUUACGAGAAAACUCUUUGUGCGUAAAGAAAACAAAAAUAACUACUUUAGUCAGCUACUACUUUUCCGUGUUAGUCUUGACGUGUGCUCAGAAGAUGCAUGGAGGAGAAGAAAUUAUUGAAUAAUGUCGUUAUUUUUGUUUUCUUUGCACACAACAGUAUUCUCGUAGCUUCAUAAAAUUAAGGUUGAACCAGUGAUGUCACAUGGACUAUUUUAACGAUGUUUUUACUACCAUUUUUUGGCUCUUAAGUAAGUGAGUAAUUAAUGACAGAGUUUUCAUUUUUGGCUGAACUGUCUCUUUAAAUUCUGGCUUUGUAUGACUUCAGUUGGAAUGUAGUGCACAAGCCGUAUGGACCACAUGGACUUUUUAAAAAAAAAAAACCUUUUAGAAAAGAUCUUUGUGUAAAAUCAGGAGUCCAUGGAAGCUUGGUUCCACCACUCAAUUAAAAACUUGUAUUAAAAUGUUUAAAAAAUUUAUAUCUCACAAUUCUAUUUUUUUUUUAACAAUACCAGCAAGUACUCAAUACAGUAUUACUUUUUUCAGUUCACUUUCUGAUUAUUUUGACUUCUGCACUUCACAAAUGCUGCUGGUAUUGUUCAAAAACACAGCUUGUUCAGUUUGUGAACCAUACAGCACUACCUCACAAUUCUGGCUUUUAUCUCACAAUUCUGAGAAAUUCAGAAUUCUGAGAAAUUCAAAUAUUCUGUGGCAGAAAAUAAACAGAACUGCAACAUUCUAAACUCGGAAUUCUGAGAUAAAAAAUAAAAAUCAAUCAGAAGUUAAUGGAAGCUUGAUUCCGCCACUAGGCCUAUCAAAUGAUUAAUUGCGAUUACUUGCAUGGAAAAUAAGUUUGUUUACAUAAUACAUGUGUGCAUGUACUGUGUAUAUUAUGUAUUAUAAACACACACACAUACAUAUAUGUAAUUUAAAAAUAUUUAUAUAUAUAUAUCUAUUUAUGUUUACAUAUGAUUUGUUAUAUGUACAUAUAAAUAUUUUGUAGUGCUGUCAAACAAUUAAUCACAAUUAAUCGCAUCUAAAAUAAGUUUUUGUUUAUGUGUGUGUACUGUGAAUAUUAUGUAUACAUAAAUACACACACAUACAUACAUGUAACUUAAAAAUAUUUAUAUUUGCAUAUAAUUUAUAUGUACAUAUAAAUAUUUUGCAGUGAUGUCACUGCAAAAAUGCGAUUAAUCACGAUAGGUUUUUGUUUACAUAUGUGUGUGUACUGUGUAUAUUUAUUAUGUAUACAUAAAUACACACAAAUGCAUUUAUAUAUUUGAGGAAAAUGUUGAUUUAUUUAUAUAUAUAUAUAUAUAUAUAUAUAUAUAAAAUUGUAUGCAUAUAAAUAUAUACAUGCAAAUAUAUGUAAAUAUUAUCAAAAUAUAUACUGUGUGUGUGUAUUUCUAUGUACAUAAAUAUUAUUGUGUAUUGUGUAUAUUAUGUAAACACAAACUUUUAUUUUGCAUGCGAUUAAUCGCUUGACAACCCUACCACUGAAUUAAAUAAAAAACCUCACAUUUCUAUUUUUUGAACAAAACCAGCUGUACAUAAUAAACAGUAUUAGAUUUUUCCAAAAAAAAAAAAAAGCAGAAUUGCAAGAUUCUAAACUUAGAAUUCUUAGGGGAAAAAAUUACGAUUGUGAGAUAUAAACUAAGAAUUCUGAGAAAAGUCAAAAUUGUUGAUAUAAAAGAAUUGGGAAGUUGCAAUUACUUUUUUUUCUUUUUUUUUUUAAUCGUGUAAUGGAAAAAGCAUUUAUCACAAAAAAAAAAAAAAAAAAAAACAGCUUGUGAAUUUGGAAUAACAUGAGGGUGAGUAAAUAAUGACCGAAUUUGAAUUUUGGCUGAACUGUUCUUUUAAGGCUAAUAAAAUGAGCUACCUAAGACAUGUAGGUCCAUGAAUUCUUUUAUUGUAAAUUCUGAUGCUAAAUUGUAAAUGUGUAGAUAACCUGAUGUCUCUGUUAUUAAGAAGUGUUGUGUGCUGUAGGUCCAGGGUUCAGUACGUGUGUGUGUGUGUGUGUGUGUGUGUGUGGAGCAGACAGGCCCAUGAAUGUCUGGAUUAUUUGCUGACCACUUUUUUUUUAAAGGACGCUUGUAGUUCACGCGGCGGAACCGAAAGGUGCUUCUGCAGUUGGUAAUUCAAAGAUGCAAAAAGAUUUUCCCUCAAAAUUCAUCCCAUCACCCAUCUCCCGUGAGCUAACAUUGCAUCGGAAGAUGGGAGAGAAAAAAUUUUCCUCUCUAAAUGGAUUAUUUUAAGGGGGAAAAAAGUUCAAUGUGCAAUAGAUACACAAAAUACGAUGGCAUUAUUUGUUAACGAUAAUUAUUUUGGUAUUUUUAAAGAGUUUUAAGAAUAAUCCAUCAUCAUAAUCAUCGUCUUUCCCAUCGCUCAGUGUUUUUUCCUGAUGGAAGUUGCUCUUUUGUGCUGAUUUGAACCAUUAUUUCAAAGCACUAGUGGUGUCGGAUCACCAACGACAGGCAACUUUACCAGCUUAAUGCUAACUUGAGGAAUGCUGUCUCGUUGUUGUGCUUCCACCUGCUUAAAUUCACUUUUUGGGCCAUUCCUUGGUUAUUUUGCAAUGUAGGGUAAUACAUCGAGAGUGCAAUUUCAAAAAUAUUACAAUGCAAUUCUUACCUAUAACCUUAACAAUACAUGUAUGAUGUAUACAUAGAUGUAGAUGUUGCAUAUGAAGGACUUAUUAGCAGAGGGACAAUGUUGAACUCAUAAUUUUAUUGUUUAUUUCGUGUUUUUACCUUGCAGUGGAUGCCAAUGAGCUGGCCACAAUAUGCAACCCUGCAAGAGCAGUUCAGCAGCUCAAACGAUGAUGUUAAUAAAACCGAACCUAUCUGUUCCUCCAGUGCAUGCUUUCUUAUUUAAAUACAAUGGCACUUUCACUAAUUUAUAGCGGAAUAUAUCCGUUGUAAAUUUCUGAGGGUUUUUUUUUUCUUUUCGCUGCAGUUUCAGAAAGGAGGCAUUUACUUAAUUGUACACACGUUCACACGGUUUGUCGAUUCAGUUGAAAUAUCUCUAAUUUUGCCAGUGUGUGUUUUAAUGUAUUCAUACUGUAUGUAUCAUUUCGCUUCUGUUUUGUUUUCGUUUACUCAUCGAGCACAGGAUUUUUAUCACUCUGAACUUUUGAAAUACUACAAUGUUUAUGUUGUGCAGUGGCUAAGAGAAAGAUGUCUGUAAUGUCCUCACCAAAAUAUGUUGGUGCUUGAAAUCAGCCAAGAAAAGUGUGCAAAGCAAAUUAAAAACGAUGCUCUGGAUCUGGUAACUGUGCUGUUGUUCUUUCGAGAGAUUUCGGAGAGGUUGCACAAUUUAAUGACAGAUAUAUUGAGAUUGAAAACUCACAAUUCUGAAGAGGUCAGAAAAUUGUGGGAUGUGAACUUGGAAUUGUGAAAAACGGAUAAAGUCUGAAUUAUUUUCUUUUUUUUCCUCAGAAGUCUGAAUUGUGAGGUAAAAAGUCACAAUUAUCAUUAGUAUUAGUCAUGAAAUGUUCCACCAACGUGUAAUUUCCACUACAUAUUAAAAUAUAAAGUGUGUUUAACAGCA